UCAUGUGUCAGAGAAAAGGGAAGGAAGUGCAGAUCUGCUUGAAAUGGUCGGCUGACUAUACAAGUCUCUGUCACACAGUACACUGAAAUAAAAAAAGUCUGUGAUUUUUCCCCCCAUAUUGGUGUUCUUAAACGCCAGUUUGGUAAAAGUAUCUUAAUAUUUGGAUGAGCUCUGUUUUCGUAAUGGAUAAUACAGGAUUCUGAGAAGUCGGAGGGAGCAAUUACUCGCUUUGGCGUCACGAGCUAAGGCUGCUUCGCUGGACAGUUAGCAUGUGUAGGCUGAGUUUUGGGUCGUUUUACAGUUAAUUAUCCCAUACGGAUCGAAAGAAUAAGAUUAGUUCUCCGCAUAGCGAAGAUUUGAAAACAUGGAGCCCUUUCAAGGCGAUCGGGCCUCUUUGCCUAGGAACAUGAUUGAGAACACUAUGUUUGAAGAGGAGCCAGAUGUUGUGGACCUGGCGAAAGAGACCCCAGCGUAUCCUUUGGACCCUGAUGAUGUGGUCUAUGAGCCCCGCAGCUCCCGUUUGCUGGUACGGGGCUUAGGAGAGAAUGACAUGGACGAGGAUGAGGAAGACUACGAGUCCUCAGCCCGCCUGCUAGGCAUGUCGUUCAUGAAUCGCAGCUCUAGCUUGCGGCCCAAAACUUCCAACUAUGCCCGGCAGGAUCGCGCGGGCUCCUGCUCAGUGCCCUCCACCCGAACUCUGAUAGUGGGGGUCUUUAUCCUGGUUGUGGCUGCCUCUGUGGCUAUGGUCAUAUACUUUCUACCAAGAUGCACAUUUACUAAGGAGGGCUGUCACAGGGAGAAUGACACAAUGGAGCUCAUCUACCCCAGGACCAGCGACGGACAGCUAUUCCCCUGGACCUCACUGAGGCUGCCAGAUAACAUUCGGCCAGUGCAUUAUGAACUCGAAAUCCAACCCAACCUGACCACCAUGACGUUCAAUGGAAAGGUUUCUAUCCAAGUAAAUAUUUUAAAUGAUACCAAAAUGAUAGUUUUACACAGCUCUGACAUGAAAAUCAUUAAUGUUGCCGUCCAAAGCAAGAAGGCUACGUUUCUGGAAUACAAGCCUUGGCAACAGAUAGCGAUAAAGUUAACAAAGGACCUGAAGAAAGACGAAAGCUGCUUGUUAGAAAUAGAAUACAGCGCUAACCUUUCCAACAAAUAUAUGGGCUUCUAUAACAGCUCUUAUAUUGAUAAAGGUCAUAAUAAAAGGGUUCUAGUAGCAACCCAGUUCGAACCUCUGGCUGCCAGGAACGCUUUCCCCUGCUUCGAUGAACCAGCAUUUAAAGCUACGUUUCGGAUUAAGAUAAAUCGAGAAGAUGCCUACAUUGCCCUUUCUAACAUGCCCAAGAAUCAGACCAUUAAGUUGCCCGGUGGGCUUCUGCAGGAUGAAUUUGAGAAGAGCCUUCCAAUGAGCACAUACCUGGUGGCAUUCAUUGUCGCAAAUUUCUCCCAUGUCAGCAGGAAUGCUUCAGACACCUUGGUGUCUGUAUAUGCUGUUCCGGAUAAGGUGGACCAGCUCAACUAUGCACUGGAUUCUGCAGUGAAGCUCUUGGAGUUUUACAACAAAUAUGCUGAGAUAAAGUUCCCCUUAAAGAAACUGGACCUGGUGGCCAUUCCUGACUUCCUGGCUGGGGCCAUGGAGAACUGGGGCUUGAUCACGUUCCGUGAGACAGCCUUGCUGGUCUGCAAUCAGUCGUCCCUUACGGACAAGCAGGGGGUGGCUGCUGUGAUUGCCCAUGAAUUAGCACACCAGUGGUUUGGUAACCUAGUAACCAUGAAAUGGUGGAAUGACCUUUGGCUGAAUGAGGGCUUUGCAACGUACAUGGAGUUCAAGUCUGUGGACACAGUCUUCCCGGAGCUUGAAAUAGGCAACAGCUUUCUAAGCAUGCGUCUCAGAGUGCUGGAAAAAGACUCACUAAAUUCAUCCCACCCCGUUUCUACAGAGGUGUCAACGCCUGAACAGGUGGAAGAAAUGUUUGACUCUGUGUCCUAUGAAAAGGGUGCUUCAGUCUUGCUCAUGCUUAGUUCCACGAUGUCUGAGGAGAAGUUCCACAAGGGGGUCACUGAUUAUUUACAGAAGUACAAAGAGAAGAAUGCGGAUACUGAAGACUUCUGGAAAAGUCUUCCAUUGGGGAAGUCAUACAGUGUAGUAGAAAUAAUGAAAACGUGGACCUUGCAGAAAGGCUUUCCCCUGGUAACUGUGAACAGGACGGGCAAUCGUGUGACGCUGUCCCAGGAACACUUCCUCUUCACUGCGGACCCCACCACCAAGUCUGAAUAUUUGUGGCACAUCCCUUUGACGUACGUCAAUGACAGCUGUGGCAGCGAACCAGACUGUAAACAAAUGUUUCACCUCAAAGAUAAAACAGCAUCAUUUGAUGUUCCUGGGAGUGCAAAAUGGUUGAAAUUCAACUUCAAAACUGAGGGCUUCUACAUUGUCACUUACGAAGCUGAAGGUUGGGAUGCAUUGAUUUAUGCAAUAAAUAAUAAUACGGAGAUUCUGGCCCAUGAAGAUCGAGCUGGAAUGAUUAAUAACCUCUUCAUGCUCUCAAGGGUGGGUAAGGUUUCAUUCAGGCAGAUCAAGAACCUUUUGAAAUAUCUUCACCAUGAGACCCAACCAGCCCCUUUGAUGGAAGCUUUGAUUCAACUUGACCAAAUUUACAAUCUGCUUGAAAAAAGACAGGACACGAGACAACUUUCAAGAAUGAAGGCAUACAUUUUGGAUCUCUUUGGGGGUCUGAUGGACAGUCAGUCUUGGGAAGAGGAGACUUCCAUCUCGAAACAAGAGCUGAGGUCAGACCUGUUGACUGUGGCCUGCCGCUACUUUAGAGAAAAUUGCACAAAGAGUGCAAUGCUCAUAUUCAACCAGUGGAUGGAGUCCAACAAAACAAAAAGGAUCCCCGGUGACAUCAUGAAAGUUGUGUUCUCAGUGGCCGCCCAAAGUGACUCUGGCUGGGAAACCUUACUCAGCACCUACAAGUACUCCAUGGUCGACAUAGACAAGCGCAAGAUGCUGGUGGCCCUGGCCAGCACGGAUAGCGUCAGGAGGAUUGUGUGGCUGAUGCAGGAUACAUUAGAAGGGAGUAACAUCCAGACACAAGAGCUUCCCUUAGUCCUCCGCACAGUCUCCAGGAACUUUGCCGGCCACCUCUACGCAUGGAAUUUUGUGAAGGAAAACUGGGAUACAAUCAUUAAGAAAUUCCCCAUUGGCUCCUUUGUAUUGCAAGAUAUCAUAAUGUCCACGACCUCUCAGUUCUCCACAGAAAGGCACCUUGUGGAGGUACAGUACUUUUUCGCAUCACUCAAAGACAAGGGCUCGGAAAUGCGGUGUGUGAGUGAAGCGGUGGAGACAAUCAAGUUAAAUAUCCAAUGGAUGGAGAGAAACCCGGAUACCUUGUGGAAUUGACUGUAGCUUGACACCCGCUCCAUGUGGUGCUUCCUCUCCGCUUGUUACCCCAGGUGAUGCUUCUUAGCACCUUGAGUGACGUCUCCAUAGCAACAGCAUUGUUUGCACUAUCUGGAGUUCUAGCUAGCUCAGGGGCACUCUAUGUUUUUUGACGUUAAAACUAUUGAAUGUGUGUUCAUAGUUAACUGCAGGUCAAACCUCUGUCACCUCCUCGGUUUUGUAGCAGUCGUGAAAAUGGCUUGUCGUGCAUACACUGGACUCCUUAAAUGCACAUCAGCAAAGAAUUCUUAUUUCUCUCCAAAAUGUGAGGCAGCACUCCGCGUUAGAAAUGUGUUGCAUUGUGUUUUUAUGUAACUGAAUAAUUCAAAUACUUUUUUGUCUGUCAUACAUUUGCAUGUUGUGCAAUCUGUAUGUAGUUCAAAGCUUUGCAAUGCUUGUAAACUUGUAAUAAUGAUGUACAUAUUACAUUAGGUAUUUACACCUUCAACACUUUAUCUGCAGAUGUUGUUGGGUUGUGUACCUCGUUUUUGCUUGAGAGAUUUUUUUUCCCCCAAGUGUAUAUAUUGUGUGGAAAGAUUUGUGAAUGUAUGCACAGCCAUAUUGAGUAAAACGCAUUUUUAAUAUAUAAUUAAUGAAUACUUGAUUGAGCUGAAAUUCUUACUCCAUGUGAAAAUAAUUUCUUACAAGGGCUUAUUGUGUGGCUGAAUUUCAGAUUGAGCUGAUAGUGUUCCCGAUCAUCUUGGAGAAAAUGGAAUUUUCAAAUACGCAUGAUUCACUGAGGCAUGCAGGCUCAGUAGCCAAACAUUUAAUUACCUGGUUGUUCAUUUAAAACUCUACCUUGGUCAAUAUAAUGCCCAGAAGGGUGCUGCCUUUUUCUGCCCAUCCAAUUAGACUAAUAUACAAUAUUCUACAGCUACAGAUUUUAACCAAUAGAAGAUUUAACGUGCUAGUAAAAAAUUAUACAUGUAUUUGCCAUGCUAGCAGAUUUGCAAAUAUAGCAUGCAAAAGAGUCAGCAAAACAGUACCUCACACCACUCUAACUGUCCAUGUUCUCAAAUGAGAGAGGUGCCACUCUGAAGGUUUUACAGGCAUGUGGUCUCUCAAGUGCCAUUUUAUAUUUACUGUUGUUUUUUUGGCAGGGAUAAGGAAUUGUAUGUGCUGUAAACAUGAGGCCAGGAUCUCUGUCCUAGACAUUGGUACACCUUAUUGCUAAAGCAGUUUAAUUAUUUCAGCACCAUGCUAUUGUGAAUGUAUGUAUUUAUGCAAUGCUUUUUUCAUAUCAGCCGCUACAAGGUAGGUACUUAAAAGCUUUUUGACAUUCUCAAACAAUGCAGUAUGCUUUUUUAAAAAACAAAGGGGACAAUCAUGUAAAUGAAUAGCAUAUUUUGACACUGACGCAAAGGUCGUACCAGUAUUUGUUUUGGUCCUUACUUUAAUGUUAAACAAAGUGCACCUUAAAAAGAAUUGAGUUAUUUUGCCAAGGCUGGUUUUGAUCUUGAAAUGCCCAAAAUGUUGUGUGUUUUUUAAUAAUAAUAAUAUAUUUUUUUUAAUUAUUAUUCCCGGAUUCUUAAAUGUGACAACUGAUUGUGCUCUGAAGAUACUAGUAUCAGCUGGAUCCCAUUAGUUGAAGUAAAAACCAGUAGAACGAACUUUAAUGGUAUUUUUCUAUUUAUUUUCUCUGGGGUUUAAACUUUUUUCCCCAGCACAUCUGAGAAUCAACGUGUAUAAUCCAAUAUUCUGCUUGGUUUUUUAUUUUGGUAUAAACCUGUAAUGUCUUGUGAGCUCCAGCGCCAACUUUGAUUAGCGUUUAACACAUCAAGGCAGUUUCCUCCUGUAUAUUUUUUAUUGUUUUGGAAAUAAGACUAAGGUACAAAACCUUUUUUAUUGAAGAGGUUUUUAUUAUAACAUAUCUAUAUGUAUUUUGUUAGACUAUUAAAUUUUUUUUUGAAGAUGCUUUAUCAAAAUCGUUGAUUUAUUGCAGUUCUAAAACCUUGCCAGAGGAGGGUGUAUUGCACAAAAACAUUGUACUUACAGUAGUACUGACUCUCUAUUUGGUUAAUGACUAUGUUUCACUGGUAUUGCAUAAAGGUCAAAUGAUAUAAUUCCACUUAAUUUUUGCAAAUUAUGUAGCACUAUAUAUGCUUUUGGCAAAACUAGCAUAUUGUCAAAAGUGUUCUUUUGCUUCAUGAUGAGCGCAAAAUUCUGUCUGCAAGAUCACUGACUAAUAUUCAAAUAUGAUUGCAUGAGCUAAUCUUCACACAGAGAAAAACAUUGAGGUGAUAUUUAAAAAUUAUGCAUAUAAUUAUCCUAGGUCCCAUUGGCAUGUUUCUUGCACGGAACCAUCAGUUUUCUAAGGUCAUCCACUGGCCAAUGUAGGUACCAUACCAUCCACCAGGGGGCUCUGCCACUGGAACCACUUUGGUCCUGGCUCUAAAGGCCCCCCCUCAGGGCAAGGAUCGACAGGAAGCUGUUAUGAAAGAUCAGGACACCCGUUCCACAAACACUCUCAUACACUGCAUGCAUCACAUACUCUUAUAUCAUCUCUGCCCUUUUCAACCUGCUUCAUACCUCCAUGAAGUUUGUCCAUUGUUUGUUGUACUUUAAUGUUUUGUGCAAUUAAAUGUCUUUUUAUUAAAUCAA